GGGGCGUGGCCGAGGACAGCAGCAGCAGGCAUAUUGGUUCCCCCAGGGGCAUCCAGUUUAUUACCCCGGAGGGGGUGGGCAGCCGAGUACUCCUGCAGGGGGUGUGACAUCUACGGGCUUGCCAUCAGACGGAGGUAUUCUCGGAUCUGUUCCCCAUCCUGUUGUCUGUCAAAUUUGUUUUUCUGCAGGUCAUUCUGCCAUUAACUGUCCUUCUCGUUUCACACAACCGACGUCUCCUGCUCUGUUGACUACUCCCGGUGACAAUACUCCUGCUCUAUGGUUUCCUGAUUCAGGAGCUUCUGCUCAUAUGACUGCAUCUGAAGGACAAAGCAACGGGGGCAAUACUUCUGCGAGCUACUAGUAGUGGACCACUUUAUCCUCUCCAUCUGCCGUCUGCAUCACCAUUAGUUUUUGCUUCCGUUUUAGCUUCUGGCCCUGUGUGGCACCGUAGAUUAGGUCACUGUGGUGAUAGUACUUUACAGUUUCUUAAGAGAAAACAAUUUUUAUGUAGUCAUACUCCCUUUACUCAUGAGUGUGUGGCCUAUCGUUUAGGAAAAUCACAACGUUUACCUUUUAUGGAUGCUAG